CUGCUCUGCUCAUCAGCUCAUCAGCUCAUCUCCCUCCGCUCGCCAAAUCCUGCAGCCACGAGCUGCUCCACCACCACCAGUCCCGACCACCACUCCACCAGGAUGCUCAUGACCGCCGCCGCCGUCCACAUGGACUCCUACUGCGCCCACGGUCACGGGCCGUCACCCUCCUCCUCCACCUCGCCGGCGCCGCCGUGGCUCCCCGUCCUUGCCGAUGGCAACCACCGUCACCAGCUCCUCCGUGACUUCACGGCCUCCUCUGCGCCCUCCACGACGCCCGCCACCGCCGCGCCGCCGAACCGUCACCACCUCCGCACCGCGGCUGCUGCAGCUGCAGCCCGGCGCACCACAAAACGCCGCCCGCGGCCGUCGCGGAAGCUGCCCACCACCUACAUCACCGCCGACCCCGCCAGCUUCCGCCGCAUGGUGCACCAGGUCACCGGCGCCGACGACCUGCUGCCUGCGCCUCCUCCGGAAGCCCUCUGCCGCCCGGCGCCCUACCGCGCUGGUGCCGCUGCGGGCCCGGCCGGUGCUCGGCUGAUGCUGCCCACGCUGGACACGUCGGCGUUCCUGCUCGGCGCGCCCGGGGUGGACGCGCCGUGCGCGCGCUCGGCCGGGUCGGCGGCGGCGGCGCAAGCGGUGGAUCGGGCGGAGGCCGGUGGACCAGCAGCAGGGGCUUGCAACUACAGCAGCAACAGCAGUAGCAGCUGUGGUGGUGGCUUCCCGACCUUGGAUUCCUGGGAUGCUGCUCAUCUCUUCUAGCAGUAACAGCAGUAACAGCAGUUUAACUCCCGUUUGGUUGCCUGCUGCCAUCCUCACUUUCUGCUGGUUAUUACGAGGAGCAGAGCACCCAAGAGAUCUUCAUGUCUCAUUUUCUGUGGUUAUUAGGAGGAGGAUUGUGUGAGGUGGCUCCAUCAGUAGUACCAAAAUAAAGUAAAGUGUUAAUUGUUGUUAUUAAUAUUUAAUAGCAUGUUAAACAGGCUGCAUGCUUAGAGCACA